AUGGCUCGAGAGAUCAAAGUGAUGCUGUAUGGUUUAGGAGCCAUCGGAUCUUUUUACGCUUUUAUAUUACAAAGGAGCAAAAAUGUCCGUCUGACUGUCGUUGCCCGAUCCAAUUUCGAGGCUGUCCAGAAAAAUGGUAUCCAGAUCACGAGCUACAAUCACGGAAAGCAUCAUUUCAAGCCAGCUAAAGGUAACAAAGACCCAAAAUCAUUGACAGCUCCUGCUGAUGUCGAUGGAAAAGUCGUGAGAACACCGGCCGAGGCUGGUGAGACGUAUGACUAUAUCGUCCUCGCAAAUAAGGCUACCGAUCCUGCAGCUGUCCCUGGGCGAAUUGCGCCGGCUGUUGAUGAUAGCAAGACAACGAUAGUCAUUGCACAGAACGGAGUCGGCAAUGAAGACCCAUUUCGAGAAGCAUUCCCAAAUAGCCCAAUCUUGAGCUGUGUGGUAUGGGUUGGUGCUGGUCAAAGUGAACCAGGUAUCGUUGAACACCGGGCAUCAGAAAAUACUGAGAUAGGCAUUUUUCCCAAUAAAGCCCUAUCGGCAGAAUUCGAGAAGACAAAGCUCGAUGAAUUCACGGCCAUUUUGUCAGAGGGCAAGACUCCAUUUUCAAUUUCUGACAACAUCCAAAUUCAGCGUUGGGAGAAAGUCGUAUGGAAUGUUGCCUGGAAUUCUCUCACUACACUCACAAUGUUGGACACUCACGCUUGGUUGAAAUCCUCUGAAAACUCGACUCCAAUGACGAAACAACUGAUGCGAGAAGUCAUCGAUGUUGCUAGAAAGGCCGAAGUGCCUCUCGAGUACGACUUGAUCGAUAUCUUGAUCGAUAGGAUUCUUGCUAUGCCUACAAUUGGAAGCAGCAUGCAAGUCGAUUGCAAAGCAGGGAGGCUGAUGGAAGUCGAAGUGAUUCUAGGAACUCCUUUUAAGAAGGGCAAGCAGCUAGGGGUUCCAACACCGACACUAGACGUUCUCUAUACCUUAAUGUUGGCGAUAAAUUCUCGAAUGAGUUGA